GCGCCCUGCGUCAGACCCAAUGGAGAUUGAGCUGAGUUGGAGCAGAGAAGUUUGAGCAAGAGAUAAGGAAGAGAAGGGGACUCCGGCACUGCAGCGUCUGCUCCACCAACUGCUCUGGGAUCAUCAGCAGCAGCAGCGCCACGUCCUGGGGCUAAUCUUGCGCCUCCAUCACUGUUUCCUUGUGUGUGGGGAUACAACAAGCUGACACAAUUUCACUGUGGACAUUACACCCUCUAACAGCAAUGGGAGACAUGGGAGACCCACCAAAAAAAAAGCGCCUGAUUUCUCUGUGUGUUGGAUGCGGGAAUCAGAUCCACGACCAGUAUAUACUGAGGGUUUCCCCGGACUUGGAGUGGCACGCAGCUUGCCUCAAAUGCGCAGAGUGCAGCCAAUACCUGGAUGAGAGCUGCACUUGCUUUGUCAGGGAUGGCAAAACCUACUGUAAAAGAGACUAUAUCAGGUUGUACGGGAUCAAGUGCGCCAAAUGCAACAUCGGCUUCAGCAAGAACGACUUCGUCAUGAGGGCUCGCUCCAAGGUCUAUCACAUCGAGUGUUUCCGCUGUGUGGCGUGUAGUCGCCAGCUCAUCCCCGGGGACGAGUUCGCAUUGAGGGAGGACGGACUGUUCUGUCGCGCCGACCACGAUGUGGUGGAAAGAGCCAGCUUGGGGGUCAGCGACCCUCUCAGCCCCCUUCACCCAGCAAGACCCCUACAGAUGGCAGAACCCAUUUCUGCCCGGCAGCCCGCGCUCCGACCCCACGUGCACAAGCAGCCAGAGAAGACCACCAGGAUCAGGACGGUUCUUAAUGAGAAGCAGCUUCACACCUUGCGGACCUGCUACGCUGCCAACCCCAGGCCUGAUGCCCUGAUGAAGGAGCAGCUGGUGGAAAUGACUGGACUCAGUCCCAGGGUCAUCAGGGUCUGGUUUCAGAACAAGAGGUGCAAGGACAAAAAGAGGAGCAUCUUGAUGAAGCAGCUACAGCAACAGCAGCCCAACGACAAAACCAAUAUACAAGGGAUGACAGGGACCCCUAUGGUGGCUUCCAGUCCCGAAAGACACGACGGCGGAUUACAAGCGAACCCGGUGGAAGUACAAACCUAUCAGCCCCCCUGGAAGGUCCUCAGUGACUUUGCCCUGCAGAGUGAUAUCGAUCAGCCGGCCUUCCAGCAACUGACCUGUUUCUCACAGGUUAAUUUUUCAGAAGGAGGACCUGGCUCCAACUCUACAGGGAGUGAAGUGGCCUCCAUGUCCUCUCAACUCCCAGAUACCCCAAACAGCAUGGUAGCCAGCCCUAUAGAGGCAUGAGGAGCAUGGACUGGUUCCCUCUGUUGAGGGCAAGAACGCAAAGCUUGGACUGAAAGGAAGUGUUUUAGGACCCAGCUGAUGCCGACAGAGAAUCCAGCCAACUCCAUAGGAUGCGGGGCCGCCUACAGAACAUGGGAUGGCAGCCACACUGUGAAGACAAUCAUGGGAUCUUACUAGGAGUGAAUGACAAGGACAUGGUGGUUGGAGUAUUACAAGAGUACGACAGACAAGAACUGAGUGGUGUAGAGGAUUUAUAUCUAUGGAUCUCAAAAAUAGCAUUUAACCUUCCCCCCCAUAUCCCCCUUUGGCACAUCCCAGAACAGACCAAGAUGGACACAGAUAGGAGGGCUCACCCUAAUCCGAACGGUGCUGCUUUUUAUCUCUCUUGACAUCGCUUUUAUCACUGCCCUGCCAAACAGGAGCUGCGAUCAAUCUGAAAGCAGCAGCCCAGACUGUAGCCAAGUUAAAGGGAUAGUGACCUGUGUGGUGGGAUCCCUGCAGGAUGAGAUGUUGGAGUUGCCAUGCGGUGUUUCACCGUGGAAUUCCAGGUCGCCUAUAGCAUGCAACAGUCGCUGAGAUCCUUUUUGUCCUUUCUCAUGAACUCAAACCUUAUUAACGUUAAAAAACAAACUGAAAAAUGAAAUUGGGGCGGGGGGGAGGGGUGGAUUAAAACAAAGACAACAGUUAGACACUGCUUCUUUUUUUCCAAUUUAAUUUUUUUUUAAUUUUUUUUUUCAUGUUCAAACCAAGUCUAGGAAAGCAUUGCAACAACAAGGUAUACCUCUCUCUCUGCCACAUGCGUCUCUGGAUUGCGUCUGAUUCUUGUCUGUCCAACGACUUUUUAUUUUUCUUCCCCCUCCCAAAGAUGUGUAUAGUUAUUGAUUCAAACGACUGUUCCUCUCUGGAAAUAAAGAGAGAAAAAAAAAGGGCAGCAUUUUUUAUUUUAUUUUAUUUUUUUCGUUUGCAAAAAUUAUAAAGUAAUUUAUUAUUUAUUGUCGGAAGACUUGCCACUUUUCAUGUUAUUUGACUAUAUAUAUAUAUAUAUAUAUUUUUUUUUUGUUUGCUGAAGUAAAAAAUAUGGAGAAAGAAAAUGUUUAUUUUUAAUUAUUAUUUUUAGUUGUAACUUGGUCUCUGCGUUGUAUGAUUUCUUGGUCUGUCCCGUAUCAAAGCGAUUUUUGUUUGAAAAUAAAACUCAGCUCCUUGUA